AUGCCAAAUUCUAUCACCAACAGUAGAUUUUUAUCAAGUGAGGCCGGUAUUGACCUUCUUGCGAGAUCACAUUUCCUCAACCAAGAAACAAUGGACUUGCAGAAAAAGCGUGCUCUCACUCAACUACGAUCCAAGUCUUCAAAUUUGGAUAAGUACAUGUUCCUUGCUUGGUUGAGAAAUACUAAUGUCAAGUUGUUCUAUCGCAUCGUUAUUGAUGAGUUGGAAGAAAUAACACCGCUAAUAUACACUCCAACAGUGGGCACUGCUUGCCUAGAAUAUUCCCAUAUUGCACCUUUUCUUGCACCUCCUGGUGUACCGGAUGGCUUAUUCCUGUCUCUUAAUGACCUCCCACAUCUAACACAAAUAAUCAGAGAUUACCGUCCUUUCCCAUUCGAUGAAUCCCUCACACCACAAAUUACCGUAAUUACCGAUGGAUCGCGUAUCCUCGGUCUUGGUGAUUUGGGUGUCAAUGGAAUGGGUAUUCCUGUCGGUAAGCUGCAACUUUAUACCGCCGCUGCUGGAAUAGAUCCCCGACGUACACUCCCAAUCACUCUCGAUACCGGGACAAAUAAUGAAAAGAACUUGAACGAUGAAUUAUACUUGGGUUCCAGGAGGAAGAGAGCGGAAGACGAUGAGUUUUAUCCAUUCGUCGAUGCAGUAAUAAAAUCCCUCCAUGAUGUUUAUCCAAAUCUUUUGAUACAAUUUGAAGAUUUCUCAUCUGAACACGCAUUUGAUUUGCUUGAAAAAUACAGAGACAAUACCUUUUGCUUUAAUGACGAUAUUCAGGGCACGGGUGCCGUAAUUUUGUCUGGCUUCAUGAAUGCUGUACAUCUCGUAGAAAAUGAUGUUCCCCCGACCGAGCAUCGGCUGCUUUUCUUCGGGGCAGGAUCCGCUGGUGUUGGCGUUGCCAAGCAGUUAUUAGACUUUUUCAUAAGAGAACAUGACAUGGAUGAGGAGAUAGCCAAGAAGCGUGUAUGGCUCGUUGACUCAAGGGGUCUUGUGACAAAAGAUCGUGGUGACAAGCUAGCGAAACACAAAAUAUACUUUGCUCGCGAUGACAACGAAGGGAAACAGUACAAGAGUUUAAUGGACGUCAUCAACUAUGUAAAGCCAACUGCUCUUAUCGGACUUUCAUCCCAAGGAGGUGUAUUUUCUGCGAACGUCAUAGAACGAAUGGCAGAGUUGAACAAGCGCCCAAUAAUCUUUCCACUAUCGAACCCGUCUGUAAAUGCUGAAUGUACAUUUGAACAGGCAAUGAUACACUCGAACAAUAGAGUUAUUUUUGCUUCAGGGACUGGAUUCCCACGGUAUACAGACCCCCAAACUGGUAAAGUUCACGUACCAGGACAAGGAAAUAAUAUGUAUAUAUUCCCCGGACUCGGUCUUGGUGCAAUUCUCGCUCGACCACCCAUAAUCACUGACCGUCAGAUCUUUGCUGCCUCUUCCGCUCUCGCCCGCUCUCUCACGGAUGAAGAAAGGUCUCAAGAACUGCUGUAUCCGUCUAUAACCCGCAUUCGCUCUGUAUCUGCUGAAAUUGCUGCAGCUGUUAUGGUAGAGGCUGUACGGGAGGGUUUUGCGCGGGAUCCUGAGGCAUUAAAAUUAUGCAGAGGACAUCUUAAUGAGCUGAAGAACUUUAAAGGGCCUAGAUGGCAUAGUCUGAUUAAAUAUGUCCAGGGACACAUGUGGGAUCCUAACACCAAUGAUCUCAUGGAUGAAAAUUAUUUUCUCGGAAGUAGGAUUUAA